AUGGGGGACGAGAGGGUGAAGGAGGAGGCCCUACAGAUCCUGGGCGUCUUCCAGGCCCUCCCUCGCCUGGUCGUGUUCGACCUCGACUACACCCUCUGGCCUUUCUACUGGUAAGAAAUACCCGAGUUACGUCUGUUUCUGCUUUGCAUAGGAACAAACCAGUAGAUGCGUAUAUAGAUGGCGUAGGAUGAACGGCUUCUGAAGCACGAAUCGGAUUUAGGAUUCAUCUGAUCAUAAUGAUAGUGAUGAUGCCCUCGGCGUAACAUGGUGAGCAUCUGUUUCCCUUUCAGCGCGUGAUGUAGAGAGCGGGAGGGAUUAGGGUUUGUGUUUGGAAAUCUUUCUUCACCGAGUGAUGGUUGGCUGAUUGAUUGGUUGAAUUCCGAUGCUAACGUGCAUCAUGAGUCUGCUGUUUGCUUUUCCCGAUACGAUGAAUAAUUUUCUUUUCUAGGGAAAUUUGCUUAAAUCUCUCCAACUCUAGCGAAACACGGCAUCAGAAGCCGUCCAACCACUCCCCUCCCAUAUUCCUCUCCAUGGAGCAACAUUUUUGCCGGAAUUUUACGUCCAUCUGAUAAACAGACAGGCUCAUGGACUAGAACGCCACCUUGCUUUUACCCCCUUUUUCCCUUCCUCUGUUUUUCUCGUCUGCAGACUCCGUCAAUCUCCUCCGCCCGACGGCACCUGCGUCCUUCUCUUCUUGACGGCUGACCCAGUCUUCCUCCUCUGAGGCUUUACCUUCUCCAUUUACUUGGUCCACGCUGUGCAGAUUUUGAUAAUUUUACAUUAAUCAGACGGAAAUAGAUUUUCAAAUGUUCAGGUCCUCUCUGUAUCCACCCUUCAGUAGCUUCCCUAACAUUCUCCAGGAGUUCCAUCUGGUUGAAGAUAAGGGAACGGUGGAUCCUCCCCAAGAAAAAGGUAUUAAACAGGGGAUACACGAGAAAGAAUUCAACUGUUUACUCCCACUCCUCGCCCCAACAGCAACCAGUUGAAGAACUACAUGACCGACUGUGAAAGCAUAUUAUCUAGAUUCCUUCUUUCGGCUUCCCAGUUCGUCUUACCUGCGUGAAACAUAGUGACUGAUCCUUCAAGAACCCACCCACCAAUCUUAUGCUUGACCGUUGUCUUGUCAGUGAUUAACUUUCUGUAAUCCCCAUGUUCAUGGACUGUGGUUUGUCUUAGCAUAUCAGGUAAUUUUUUUGAAUGAGCUUCCUGAUCGGUUGGCAUGCUCUCAGUUGAUCGAAUUAUCAAAUUUACUGGAAAUUUUCAAUCCAAAAGUCCGUUCAAUUAGGGGGGGGAAGAUAUAAUCUUCCAUUCCUGCACAUUCUGACUGCUGGAUUUAUUUUCUUCGUAGUGACUUCCUCUCCGAGGGAGAAAUGCCUCGUUUGUACCCACAGACAAUGGGCAUUCUGUAUGCGCUGAAGGAUAAAGGCAUAGAUGUGGCCAUUGCUUCACGUUCGCCGACGCCUGACAUCGCUAAGACGUUCCUGGACAACUUGGGCAUCCAAUCCAGCUUCGUGGCCCAGGUGAGCCUGCUGUAUCUGUCCUCGUAUCCAUGGGAUGACCCCUUGCCGUUGACCCAUAUGCCGUUGACCCUUAUUUUUCUUGUUCUGUUUGAAAAAGUGUGUAUUAUUCGUGCCCAUCGUUGACAUGGUGAGUUGUUGUUCUUCGUCGUCCUGCAACUCAGGAGAUCUUCUCCAGCUGGACGCACAAGACGGAGCACUUCCAGAGAAUCCACCGGAGGACCGGAGUGCCCUUCAAGUCGAUGCUCUUCUUUGAUGACGAGGACAGGAACAUUCAAGCGGUGAGCACUGAAUUGGGAUCUCUCUCUCUCUCUCUCUCUCUCUCUCUCUCUCUCUACCCAUUGACCCAGCUUCCAUUCAUCCGUCUCCCUCUCCCUCUCCCUCUCCCUCAGGUGUCUAGCAUGGGGGUGACGAGCAUAUACGUCCACAAUGGAGUGAACCUGGAAGCUUUCAGGCUGGGGUUGAGCACCUUCGCCCAGAAGUCGGUCACGCCCACCACAAGCUCCAGGAACUAG